CCGGCCCCGGCCCCGGCCGCCCCGGGCGGGUCCCGCCGCUUCUCCGCCUCCUGCGUGCCGCCGACAUGGCGGAGCUGGAGGUGGGGCAGCACUGCGGGGUGCCCGAGUGCCGCCAGCUCGAUUUUCUUCCCUUUGUAUGUGAUGGCUGUUCAGGUAUCUUUUGCCUUCAGCACAGGAGUCGAGAUGCUCAUGGGUGUUCUGAGGUGAAUGUAAGAAACAGCACUGUGAAACCUGAUCAGCACAGAUCUUACCCAUGCUCAUACAAGGACUGCAAUGGAAAGGAGCUUUUGCCAGUGUUAUGUCCUUACUGUGAAAAACAUUUUUGUCUCAGACAUCGUCAUCAAUCAGACCAUGAAUGUGAGAAGCUGGACACACCGAAACCUCGAAUGGCUGCCACUCAGCAGCUUGUUCAAGAUAUUAUAGAUUCUAAAAAGAGUGACGAAGUGAAAAGCAAAAAACGUAAAGGAGCAAAAAACAGUGAGACAGCAGCAAAAGUGGCAUUAAUGAAGCUGAAAAUGCAUGCAUGUGGGGACAAGUCUUUGCCUCAGACAGAAAGAAUUUACUUUCAAGUAUUUUUACCAAAAGGGAACAAAGAGAAAAGCAAGCCCAUGUUCUUCUGCAGUAAGUGGAGUAUUGGCAAAGUGGUAGAUUUUGCAGCUUCCUUAGCAAGCCUUAAAAAUGACAACAACAAAUCAACAUCCCAAAAACUGAGAUUAUGCCAUACUGCCUCUGGAGAAGCCUUGCCAUUUGAGCACACACUGGAAACAUGGCUAUCUGAUAAAGACUAUCCACUGUACAAUGGAGGGAAUAUAAUUCUGGAGUAUCUUCAUAAUGAUGUUCUAUUUAUAGAAGAUACAGAAUCCUACUUUAGUUAGUCAAAACAUUUUCACAAAAAAAAUUCCAGUAUUUUUUAGAAGCAUGGUAUUAAAGCAAGUCCAGUUUUCUUUUUAAAUCACUGGUAUGCCAGAAUCUGUCUUCCAUUGUAAAGACACAGUUCCCAUCAAUUUCUCAGUUGCUUGACUGACAGAAAAACUAUGUCCUGAAAGAAAAAUUACAAUAACUAAUAUUACAGAUAUUCACAUUCAGGGAAUAAAUUCUUGCUCUAUUAAGCUGUAUAAUUAAAGAAUUUUUUCUUAAAUUUGCUAUUUAUUUUUGUGUAAGUAGUGGGGACAGUAUAUCUUAAUAAAUAAUGAAAAUGUAAACUUG